AUGGCAGACGAAACACCGCCCAAACCCAUUCACACCAUUAUCCUCGACGCCGCCCCUCUCAUCCGUAACAUUCCCCCAGUCUCAACGCUACUGGCCCAAUCCCACUCCCUCCUAACAACCCCCGCCGUCAUUUCCGAAAUCAGAGACCCUGCUGCACGCUCAAGGAUCGAGACGCUCUACCUCCCUUUCCUCACACAGCGCACCCCUAAACCAGACUCUGUCAAGUUUGUGGCGGAGUUUGCGCGGAAGACGGGGGAUAGACAGGUAUUGAGUAGACAGGAUUUAGAGGUUUUGGCGCUGGCAUAUGAGAUUGAAUGUGAGAGGAAUGGAGGCGAUUGGAGGUUGAGGAGGGAGCCGGGGCAAAAGGGGAUUAAUGGAAUGCCCCCGGUCAAGGGUGAGGAAGCGGUGAAGGGCGAGGGGGAAGAGAAGUCUGUUACAGAUAAUGCUUGUGGUGAGGGAAUUGUUGAGACUGUUGCGGCUGAACUGGGAGAGACGGUGCUGGAUGAUAAACAGCGAGAAAAGUCACUGGGUGGUUCAUCAGAUUGCCUAAACGGUGCUGAAGGAACACAACCAGACGAAGCCACCACCGAAGAUCCUAUACAGGCACAAACAGAGGUAUCAGAAGAUGACGACGAGGGCGAUUGGAUCACUCCCUCCAACAUUAAAAAGCACCAAGUGAAAGAUGCCGCUGCGGCUGCUGCAGCCUCCGCAGAAACUAAAACUAUGCAAGUUGCAACCAUAACCGGCGAUUUCGCCAUGCAAAAUGUCCUACUACGCAUGAAUCUCAAUCUUCUCUCACCCAAUAACAUGCAGCGCAUCCGUCGUCUAAACUCCUACAUCCUCCGUUGCCAUGGCUGCUUCACCACAACGAAGGAAAUGAACAAGCAAUUCUGCCCCUGCUGUGGCAAACCAACACUUAACCGCGUCUCCUGUUCGACGUCUGCUGGCGGCGCAUUCAAACUGCAUCUAAAGAAGAAUAUGCAAUGGAAUACGAGGGGAAAUCGGUAUAGUAUUCCGAAACCGACGGCGGGCACCUCUAAUGGGAAGUGGAAGGGUGGGGGGGGGCAAGGAGGUUGGGGAAAUGGUCUGAUUCUAGCAGAGGAUCAGAAGGAGUAUGUGAGGGCAGUGACGGAGGAAGGCAGAAGGACGAGAAAGGAGAGGGAUCUUAUGGAUGAUGAUUAUCUGCCGGGCAUUGUGACGGGGGAGAGAAUGAAGGGAGGCGGAAGGAUAAAGGUGGGUGCGGGGAGAGCGAUUAACUCGAGGAAAAGGAGGUGA